AUUAUUUUGCGGGAAGAAAGUAUUCAGAAAAUGGCAGACAAAAAAAGAACGAAGCUGAGUUUGAAGCGUAAAACGAUAUCUAACAAGUCGUUACUGUUUAACUCGAUUGGACAGAGAAAAGAGUCGUUGCUCUCUAAUGUCAACGUCAAAGAUCCAGAAAAUGUCAUAGUAAACUUGUCAUCAGAUUCAGAGACUGACGGCGACUUGACAGAUCACCAAAGUUUGCAACCCAACAAACGUCCAAGGUUCAGUGAAGUACCAACGCAUUCCGAUAGUCAUGAACAGAAGGCAAGACCGAUUCAACUCAAGCCCGAAAGAUUGCCAAGUGAAACCUCAAAGUCAUGUCUCUUUCUUGAUGUUGAUGAAGAUCUGCGUAAGCUGAGGAUGAUGUUUUUAAAGCUGCAAAAACCAAGAAUUAAUGUCAGAACCCUGUCUGACCUGCCUGACUUCACAAAAACACAGAAUGUCCAGGCUCCGGAAUCAGAUAAGCAUAGCCAAGAAAGUACAGAGUUAUCUCCUCUUCCUCCAAUGUGUAAAUGGUGUUUACGAAGAAAACCAACAGACUACAGUAAACUGUAUAGUGACAUAAUACGACAGGAACUACAGCCUUCAAUGGCAGAGAGGUCUGUAGGUGUACACCAGAGGGCGCUGCAGUCUUCUGUCAAGGGAGAUAACUAUAUUCGUACAGGAAAAAUAUAUAUGGAAAAAGGAGGGAAAUCUGUUCAAAAAGGAUACACAUGUGCAGAAAAAGAAGAAGCAGCUAUGCAAGCAAGAAACACAAAUUUUAAAAGUGAGGAAAAUUUAUUUCCAAAAAGCAAUAUUAAGUUGACUUCAGUGCUUGAUAAUCCAACCAGUGCAGAAAAUAACCGCAAGGGAAAAGUAGCACAUUCUUUACACAGUUCUGUACAUCGAGAAAACAGGAGCAUGAUAGGGUGUGAUAAGUCUUCAUCUUUCGGAAAACAAACAAGCAGUGUAAAGAUGCAAGCAGGCAGUAUAAAGACACAACCUGGCAGUGUAGCGGCACAAUCCAGCAAUAUGUAUGCACAGUCACAAGCAGGGGGCGUAAAGACACAGAAAGAAAAACAUUUGGUACCAUCACCAUAUAGAAAGGUUGUUCAAUCUGUUGAAAGAAAAAAUAGCAACAAACAAGAUGAUGUUAUUAUUGGUGUAACACCUUAUCGGACAGACAGGAAAAAUACCAACAAUUCACUUCAACAGUCUGUAACGGUCAACAAAGCCGUCCCAACUAUUCAACCUACUGAAAGUGUCGGUAAUAAACCAAAACACCCAAAAACCAAUGAAAACAAGCCUGUUUUCCAAGGCAGGAGCACUGUGAAUUUGGACACAGAAAAAUCUGAUAUAUCAAAGCAAGUAUCAGAAAGCAGUGCUGUGCAGUGCUGCCCUCUAUGUCAGACAACCUUUGAAAAAGGGACAACACAAAUGGACAUUGAUGGACAUAUUGCUGUCUGUCUGUCUAUGUCUGGGGAUGAUAUAACUUGGUGAGUCAUAGGAACAUGUCUUGUCUGUCUGUCCUUUUGUCCAGUGCUAAGGGUGAUGUGACAUUUUGAAACAGGCUGUCUGUGUGUCCAUCUGUCUACUGCCAGGGAUGGUGUGACCUUGUAAAGCAGGCUGUUUGUCCAAAUUCUGUCUAGUGCUAGGAAUUAUGUGAACUUGUAAAGCAGGCUGUCUGUCUGUCCAUCUGUCUAGUGCCAGGAAUGAUGUGAACUUGUAAAGCAGACAGUCUGUCUGUCCAUCUGUCUACCUCCAGGAAUGAUGUGAACUUGUAAAGCAGGCUGUCUGUCUGUCCAUCUGUCUACCUACAGGAAUGAUGUGAACUUGUAAAGCAGGCUGUUUGUCCAAAUUCUGUCUAGUGCUAGGAAUUAUGUGAACUUGUGAAGCAGUCUGUCUGUCUGUCCAUCUGUCUACCUCCAGGAAUGAUGUGAACUUGUAAAGCAGGCUGUCUGUCUGUCCAUCUGUCCACCUACAGGAAUGAUGUGAACUUGUAAAGCAGGCUGUUUGUCCAAAUUCUGUCUAGUGCUAGGAAUUAUGUGAACUUGUGAAGCAGUCUGUCUGUCCAUCUGUCCACCUCCAGGAAUGAUGUGAACUUGUAAAGCAGGCUGUCUGUCUGUCCAUCUGUCCACCUUCAUGGAUGAUGUGACCUUAUAAAGCAGGCUGGCUGUCUGUUUGUCUGUCAAGCUCCAGGGAUGACGGUACCUUAUAAAGGAGGCUGUCUGUCCAAUGCCAGGGAUGAUGUGGCAUUAUGAGACAGACUAUCUGUCCCCAAAAUAUUACAUGUUCAACUAUAGUAUGUGGAGUUAGAAUUGGAAAAUAAAUUCAUAUGUAAGAAAA